GGGGAACAUGGUGAUUUACAUUCCGCAGAGUGUAGAAUAAGUGCGCCUGCUCGGCCCCGUGACGAGUUUGGCUCAAAUAUUCGACGGAUCAGGCCUCAACUGCACUGCGCCCAGGUGCGUCAAAACUCGUGGGGGCGCCGACCUGCCAUGCCGGUUUUCGAUGGAGUCUACAUCAAGUCCGAUGGGGUCAAGUACACUAUCAGGAGGAAGCCCUUGUCGUUUCUGGGUCCAGACAUCUGGAUACUUGAGCAUACUGACGAGCCGUUGAGAUUCAUUCUGGCCGCGACUGGUCACGUUGUCACUGGCGACUGGCCACGUUGUCACUUGCACGCCGACUUCCCCCACUCGCAGAUUCGUGGGUACCUCCAGCCAGCCGGGAUCUGGUGGGAUAAUGGCACCACGUGGUACCUCAUCAGCGGCCACGAGCCGGUGCAGAGAACGAGGCCAGCGGCAGCACCGUUGGCAGGGGCCCCGGCGCCGGAGCCCGCGCCGCCGAAAGGCGCCUGGCCAGAGGCGGCAAGGCUGGCGCCGCCUGCAGUCGCCGGCACUUCCGGGGCGUCCCGCAGCCAGGAAGGGCGCCCGAGGGCCGCCGCCGGGACCGGCAGCGGCCCGCCGGCGUUGGCGCAGGUGGCACCUACGCAGCCAGCGGCGUCACAUGCGGAAGCGGGUGUUGGACAGACGUCGCCGGACAAGUCCACGGAGCCAGGGGGAGCAGCAUGGCCUGCGGAGGGUCUCUUGAACGGCAGGAAUGUUGAGCCCAGGGGGCCCGAGCAUCUCGAAGAUCAGAUCAAGCUUGAGACCCCCAGUCUGAAGUACCACGAGAGUCUCGAAGAGCAGAUCAGAGCGACCCGCGAUGGCCUGCACAAGUUUGGCGGGACGAUUCUGUUCAGCCACAUCCUUGUGCCGUGCCUUGCCCAUGGCUCUCGCCUCAUCUACGCUCCUGACGAGGUCGCCUUGGCCAUCGCAGACAAAGUCUACGGGGGGGCACCAACCGCGUACCACGGUGCCAGAGACUGGUUGAUUGACAUAUGGAAGAAGGCGCCAAGCGAUCAUAUUGAGGGCUUCAAGAAGGUGAUUCAGAUCAAUUGGCCUAUCAUUGUGACGUUCAUGUUGGGCAUGUUCAUUUUUCACGAACGCGGGCAGGCACUCAAAUGCACGAUGCAGAACACGUUCGUGGGAUGGGCCGAGUUGAACAGGGAGAUGUGUUAUUUGGCGCGCUUCUUCAGCAUAAGUGCCUUGAUGGUUGUGCGGCUUAUCGUGAGCAACGUGCUCCCCUUCACUUCCCCUGCUUUUGCAUACCUCAUCGCGAAGUCGCAGGACCAGGGCGAAGAGCGGAUCUCGGAGCCUUCUACCUCUUGGCGUGCAGCAUGCCAGCGGGAGCUAUUGUGCCUUUUCUCGACAUGGUGGCGAGCCGCUACUGCCCUGGGAAGGACUUUCUCGCCACGGAGUGGGCCAGCUUUGCUACGGACUACUUGCCUUUCUCGUUCUGGGUGCGCCCAUUCUUCAUGGAGCCGGCGUUCUUUGCCGCAAAGAGGGUGGACGUAGGUGACAACGCAAGUGCAGCUGCCGCAGCAGUGCUCGCAGGGCAUUUCAUGAUCUGGUCCGGCCCAGCAACGACGAUGCACCAACGCAAAUUUGUUCCAGACAUCGUUACUUGCAUCUUGAUUCAGCCGCUCGGGCUCAUGGAGGAUGUCGCUGUCAUCCUUGCAACAUGGUCGGGCGGGACGGCCAGCAACCAGAGAGAAGCUCAGAUCGCACUGUAUAUGUUCAUGUUGCUGAUGAACUUCGUGCAGUAUGUUGCACAUUCAGGGGAUCAUUCUACUACCAGAGAUGCGUCCGGUGAUCGGGGCGCAUCUGGUGCUCGUCACCUAGCCGUAGGGGCGUUGACGCUCGUUGCUUUGGGUGUGAAGUGGCAGGGCCCUCCGAGCGAGACCGCCACCACCACCACGCUGUCCACGAGCGCGCCGCCGCUGUGUGCGACGGAGCACUCCGACGUGCGGGCCAUCGCCGGGACGGUCCUGCAGGUCUCGGCGGAGGCCCUGGCGUUUUCGGUGCUGGCGAAGUUGGUGGUCAGUUCUCGGUGCUGGCGAAGCUGGUGGUCGGCGCCGCGUCGGGGCGCGCCCCUCCGUGCCGGGCUCGGCGGGGCCGCGCGCGCUCCGGGCCACGACGGCGCGAGGCCCCUCCUCGCCUAGAGCGGGUGCAGGGGGAUCCCCAGGAGGGGAAAAAACACACAGGCACAAAUCAUCGGAAAGGACGGAGAACUCAUGAGUGCGGGGCCCCAGGGUGGCCGCAGGGACAGGAGACGCUCGCAGGGUCAGCGGAUUGGCCAUUAUUUCUAUCAGACGUAUUACUCUCAUGUAUCAUCAACCGCAUUCGCAUUAUUAUACUCAGCCUGGCCAUGAUAAUUGGCCCUAUCACUCACAUGUUCUGUUGCUUUUCUCUGUUAGACUCCACGAGAAUAGUACAGUGUGCAUGUAGCCGGUUGGACACACAGAAUCGUCCAACUCAGCUUAUGUGCCAGUGUUAUUGUUCAUGCCCUCGCCAAUCUGGCUGAGCGGCGAUCUGAUAUUGGUCUGCGAGCGUUUGUUGAUAAAUUUUUAGCGGCACGCCGAUCGAUGAUGUGGAUGGUGUACAGGAUAGGCUGGCUUUGCGCGAAUCGUCGUAAGACGAUGAAAAGCACACAUUCGAAUUGCCGUUGUCGUGAUCGAAGACGCCUACGGCGAAUCACCGCCGCUUCCUGCCUUUUUGAAAAGCG